AUGCAACCUAGACUAUUCUUCAUCUUUGUUUGUCUCAUUCUCAUUUUCGAAUAUUCAACUUGCAAUGAUAUUAGAAUCAUCAAACCAAUCAAUCUUCAAAGUCAACUACAAGAUAUCUCUGAACCAUUCUCCAUCAUUUCUAUUCGAAAGUAUUACAGUUUAAUCAUUAAUAAUAUAGCUCCAAUCAUGGGCAAAAGUGCAGAAUUUCUUGACGAUUCAACAACUCUUGCUUCAUUCUCCAACCUUUCCUGCGUUUUAAAUAUUCCAUCCAAUGGUGAAUUAGCUCCAUAUGACAAGUCAAUUGUCAACUCGAUAGAAACGACAAGCUCUGUAUGUUCAUCUUUCAUUUUGGUUGAAAGAGGAAACAUGCAAAUCGAUGCAGCACAUCAUGCCUACCUAGUUUUGGGCGAAGAACCAACUUUAAUGAUUUCUCCGAAUGAUUUAAUUCCACUUUGGUCAAUUGUGUUGAAAAAUGCAAUGUUUUAUGAGAAUACUCGAUUUGGAAUUUGGAAUAGGACAAUUGACCAGGUGUUUACAUUAUCACCGAUAUAUUUUACACCUUAUUCUGUUGAAUAUGUAUUGGAUAAUCAAUUAGAAAGUGAAAGAAAUGAAAUUGUGAAAGAAUUGGAAGAGGAAAUUUUGGUUGACUUGGAACUUUUUGAAAUAGUUCAUCGAAUUCAAUUAGCGGAAGGGAGAGUAAUGGGAUUUAGUUCGAUUAGAGUGGACGAAACAUUUUUUUGUAAUUCAACAUUACAUAAUUCAACUUUUGUGGAAGAAUAUCACAAUGCCUUAUAUAGAAUUGAUUUCUAUUUAUAUAUAAUACUUAAUCUAGGUUUAGUCAAUUCAAGUGGUACAAUUUCUGGUAUUCAGGAUAUUGAUUUGGUAUUUAGUGAUGGGAAAUUUCGUAAAUUUAAUCCAAAUUUCAUAUUAGAAUCUAUUCGAAACGUAUUACAACGAGGAGGUUUCAACAAUUAUCUAUCCUAUUCUCAUCCUAACUCUUCUUUCGACAUGCACUACUUUUCAAACUUACAAAAAUCAAAUAUACGAUCAGUUUCUGAACUCAUGAUUCAUUCCUACUGUUUCAGUUAUUACAAUCACUAUGCCUCUCAAUACUAUUUCAGAGAUAGCUCUCUAUUUUACCUAAUCUUCAAUGAUGUGAUUUACUUUCUACUAGCAUUCACUGGAAUUGCCCUCCUCCUUCUCAACAUCACAAGUUAUUCAUUGGAUUUCAAUCUUUUCCUAAAGAAGAGAAUUUUACUUCCCCUCAUGGGACCUCCUACCUUAAUAUUGAUAAGUUUGUGUUAUACAGUUGCGAUCAGAUCAAAGUUAUCGGUUGCAACUUAUUGGAUUCUCAUGAUUAUUAUUGUGUUUCCAGUUCCAGUUUUGAUAGGUUCAUAUAUGGUAACACUUUUUAGGUUUUCCUAUUUAAAGAAUAUGGAUUUGUGGCAGAAAGUUGUUUUCAAACAUCCCAAAAUUCAAAGACAUUUGGCAUCUGUCAAAUCCUCAGUGGUUAUUUCAUUAAUUUUGACAUUGGCAGGUUUCGUCAUUUGUGCAGCUCCUGUCAUUGGUGCUUCUCUCGCUGUUUUAUAUAGCAGUUUGAGUGUUCCACAGGAGAUGUUCAUUAUCAUGUUUGCUGCUGAGAUUUUGUACAUGUUAAUUCUUGCAGUAAUUUUCUUUACUGUUGAUUUGAAGAAUAAUGGCGCCAAAAUUAUUAGACGAAAGGGAAUAGGAUACUUUUUCUUCUUUGAUGAUCCGUUUUAUUAUAGAAUUGACUUGUUAAUUAUGAUGGUUAUGAUGUUGUUGAUUAUUCCAAUAAUUGUUGGUUCUUUGAAUGAUACACUUUCGUAUUUUAUUGUUCGAAAGGUAUUCUCAUUGAUUUUCUUCAUGAUGUUUUAUUCGAUAAUUGGUGGAACUGUUACAAUAUUUUAUUGGAUUGGCAAAGUGAAACGAUUAUUAUUUAGGAAUAAGGAAGAAGAACCAUUAGUUACACAAUUAGAAAGUUUGUUGGAAGACGAAACUUUCAGAGAAAUAUUCAAAUCUUAUUCAAAGAAUGAAUUUUCAAUGGAGAAUAUUCUUCUAUAUGAGGAAUUGGAAAGAUUGAGAAAACAAAGGAAAUGUACACUGCAAGAUUUGAAAAAUUUAUUCGAAACCUUUCUUUCAGCAACAGCAGUUCACGAAGUCAAUUUUCCAUCAGGAAUUAAAAAGAGUUAUCAAGAAAUUAUGGACUCUUACAAGGACGACAUUUCAGAUAAUAGUGAAGGCAGUAAUCUUUCAAAAUUUGUUUCGAAUUUAGCAAACCUAAACCUUCAGGAUCAAUUAAAACACCAAACCAAAAAGGAAAAUUCAAGAAUUGAGCAAGUUUUCGAACUACUUAGACCUGAUCUACUGAAAAACAUGUUAGACACCUUUUCUCGAUUAGAAACCACUCCAGAAUUUAUCAAUUGGAAGAAAAUGAAAGAAAUUCAAGUUUGUGAACUUGGAGAAGAAAAAUCAAAGGAAGAAAAUGUUUAA